GGAAUUCAGGAGGCUUCUGUAUCAUAUUUACAACCUAACCGUAAUAGAGGAACUCGCAAUAAUACACUACCUGGAAAUUCAAAUUGGUUUGAAUGGCAAUGGCCAAUUGAUAAAGAUUUAGAAGGUUGUAUAUUAGCACAGUCUAUUCCGAAUAUUGGUGAUUGGACAAUAUUUACUCAAACACAAUUAGAAAAAUUGCAAAAACAUGAAAUCAAAAAACCCACUCCGCAUACUUCAACUCCAACAACACCAAUUUUAGAUUG